AUGAAGACACCAGAUGGCCUCACCUCCACGCUGCAGGAGGAGCUUCCAAUCCGGCUGGCCAACCGCAUCGCACACCUCGACAUGCUUCCAGAUUUGAAGGAGGCACCAGAAAUCUGCAGCGUGCGGGAUGACUUUGCGCAGGCCUUCACUGAAGUGAGGGCCGCGCGGCCAGAUGAAUUUCCCAGCGUUAUCAGGAGGUUCAAAAAGCGAAACGAGCACCAUGCGCUUCGACUCACCCUUGGGAUGAAGCAGUGGGGCGAUUUGCAGCGGCGGAAAGGCCAACCGUAUGACGACACGCGGGCGUUCAUUGACAACUUCUUGAACCGCUUGUUUCUUUCCCGCAUCGGCAUGGAGACGCUCACCUCCCAAUUCCUGGCCUUGUCGCGAGCUCCGGAUGGAAUUGUGGAUCUCAAUUGCGACCCCUGCCAAGUAUGCGCGAGUGCCGCCAAGCAGGUGACAGGAGUAGCAAGCGAAUACCUGAGGACGGUCCCCAGAAUAGAGAUCUCUUUCCACGGCAACGAGCGUGCACGCACACUUCCAUUGAUCCCACAGUAUCUUCUCUACAUCGUCGCCGAGCUAUUGAAGAACAGUCUGCGUGCAGUUGGCGAACAAUUUGAGGCCAACCCGAAUGGUCGAACUGAGCCAGAGCCGGUUCAGAUCCGUGUAGCAAGCGACGAGUCCCAGGUUGCGUUGCUGGUGAUGGAUCGGGGUGGUGGCAUACCAUUCCAGCGGCAGCCGCAUGUCUGGAGCUACAUGUACUCCACUGCAAGGGGAAACCAGGUGUGCGAGGCCACCGGCCGCGUUCUGCAAGAGGGCUCUGCACCGACGUCCUUUUCGGGAUAUGGUGUCGGAUUGCCCUUGUCGCGCCUCUAUGCUGAGUACUUGGGUGGUUCGCUGCAUUUGAUGUCGAUGCCCAACUUCGGCACCCACGCCUACGUUUUUCUGCAGCAAAGCUCUGACCGAGCCGAAGCGUUGCCCACUUACGUGAAUUGGCUGCGCAAACGCCGUUUGCGAGAAGACAUUCUGAAGUACGUUGCUUGUCUUAACCUGCUCUUGGGCAUGAGUCCAGUGGUCCUCUGA